AUGAAGUUUUUGGAAUUGAUUUUCGUGUUGGCAGGUAUUAUUCAAAAUGGUAUUUCGGUACCGAUUGUGUACAAGUCAAAAUUUUCAGCGGUUCAGAGUGCUUCCAGUGCUUGCACUCCGGCCACUUCUGCCACGUGUACUUCGGAUUUGCUCCAAUGCUGUGGAUUGCAACUGAAGGCCGACUUGGCAUUGUCCAACUGCUAUGGUGAGUUUAUUUUCUCUUAAAUUCACGUGAAAACUCCAACUUAGGAAUUCUUGCCUUCGAACCGGAAUGCCAUCGUCAAGAAAUCGAGAACAUGUACACCAAUGGUACUAGCGGACUAUUCUUUGUUUGCGAGUUAGUACACAUAUUCCUGGAAAAAAAUAGAAACUCUUGUUUACAGCGCUUUCAACAAGUAUUACGAGUGUCUUGGCCCAGCUCGUCGUGACUGCACCAGCAUUGGUUUCCACGUAAAAGCAGGCAUCCGACUCGCGUCAGUUCUUCUUCCUGCAAACACUAUCUGAUCUGAACACUUUCAGCGACGCCGCCAACGUCGUGUCUAUGUACAAGCAGUUUGGGUUUGCGUGUGGAGCAGGAUUUGAAGGUACUCUUCCUGAUUUCGCCCCCAGUUCAGUGUUUUUUCAAAGGAUUCUCCAAUAAUGAUGCGUGCAUGUCGGAAAUUUUCAACACAAAGCAAGCGCAGAUCAGCAAGUGCCGCUCUCAGUUCUCGCUGAACAUUCUCUCGGAUUACAACAACCACUGCCUGUAUGUUCUUCACCGCUCUCUUUUACCCCAAUAACUAGUUGAUCCUUUUUAGGCACUUUGAACAGUACACCGGUUGCUUCAACGCACUUUUCGAUCACAGCUUGUGCAACUCCGAAAGCUCAUGGUGGGGUUGUGAGUACGCCAGACAGGCUGGAAAGGCGAUCUUGCAGGAUUGCAACCUCCAAUGCUCGUGUAAGUUCUGAAUCAUUGAGAGAUUAUAAAUAAUGCAACGGAUUUCAGCGUUGUGA